CCGGCUCUCCGUCUUCACCGGCGCCAGCAGACCAACAAGUUGUAUACUCUCUCCUUCACCAUGUUCCACCGCGCAGGGAAGUCGAUAGCGUCCGCCGCUGGACAUCGGGCAUUUUCACAGUCUGCGGCCCGACACAACUAUGAGGCUACGAUCCCUAACCUGCGCAUCCACAAAGACACCAGGGUUCUCUGUCAAGGCUUUACUGGAAAGACUGGUACUUUCCAUGUGAGGGAGGCUCUUGCAUACGGCACCAAAAUGGUUGGUGGUGUUUCACCGAAAAAGGCUGGUCAAAUCCAUCUAGGCCUGCCAGUCUACGGUACCGUCAGAGAGGCCGUCAGGGAUACAAAGCCGGACGCGACAGUCCUGUAUGUGCCACCUCCGACCGCUGCAGAUGCGAUCUUGGAGGCAAUCGAGAAUGAGAUUGGUCUCAUUGUCUGUAUCACUGAGGGUAUUCCCCAACAAGAUGAGAUCAAGGUCAUGAAUGCUCUGAAAUCGCAAAGCAAGUCACGACUCGUCGGCCCCAAUUGUCCUGGUAUCAUCAACCCCGAGGGCUGCAAGAUGGGUAUCCAGCCCGGUCAUAUUCACAAACCAGGCAAGAUCGGUAUUGUGUCACGUUCUGGUACCCUCACGUACGAGGCUGUCGCUCAGACUACUGGUGUCGGAUUGGGACAAUCCCUUUGCGUUGGCAUUGGUGGUGAUCCUUUCCCUGGAACCAAGCAUCUUGAUGUCGUCAAACUGUUCCUUGAGGAUGACAAGACCGAAGGUAUUGUUAUUAUCGGUGAAAUUGGUGGUUCCAUGGAGGAAGAGACUGCCGACUACCUCGAGAGGUACAACAAGACUCGCGCGAAGCCCAAGCCUGUUGUUGGCUUCAUUGCUGGACGUACUGCUCCUCCUGGCCGUCGCAUGGGUCAUGCUGGUGCUAUCAUUGCUGGUGGCAAAGGUGCUGCCUCUGAUAAGGUUGCUGCGUUCGAGAAGGCUGGUGUCAUCGUGACCGACAGCCCAGCUAAGAUCGGCUCCGAGAUGCUCAAGGUAUGGUUGCAUAUUUUAGAUCUUGACAAGAUGCUAAACUAUCUAAAGGCUAUGCAAGCUGCUGGACUCGCCUGAACGCGAUUUAAUACCUAGGAAUUCAGGCGCGGUGUAGGAUUCGGAAUGUUAUGGUCUUCGUCGAUGCACUUCGUGACUAGACGCUGUUAUAUCUCACAGAAUAUUCAGUCAUUCUCCUAGAAUUGAGUGCAUGAUACACUAUACAAUUUUACCCUAGUUUGCGAAUCGUUUGACACGACUUUGUACUCCCACAAACUUGUGAGAGAAACAAAAAAAAUCAGACGCAGCUAUUAUUUAAGCGC